AUGGACGUGACGCCGCCGAUCGUGGACUUGAGCCACCAUGGUGAAGGGCCCGCCGCUGCACGAAAGGAAAAGACACGCGUAGCAGCGCCUCACUUGCCGUCGACGGAGAUUUUGCCGUCCAAUGGCCUCGCGGCCCUCUAUGAUCCUGUGCCGCUGCCGCUGCCGAAAAGCUCAGCGUCCGCCCCGCGCCGCACGUCGCGUGCAUCCCGAAAACGUAUGCGCACAGAAGAGGCCAUCGAGCAGCAAGCAUCCAAGUCGUCGUCGACGUCGUCGGCUGCUGACCUGGCAGCUCUGGGUGUCACGCCCAGAGCGACGGAGGACGAACUCGAGGCUCUGAACAACGACUUUUGCGACACGUGUCAUGGCCAUGGACGAUUCAUAUGCUGUGAUGGAUGCCCGCGCAGCUUUCAUUUUGCGUGCGUGUGUCCGCCGCUCGACGUGGACGAAAUGCCCUUCCCGAACGGCACGCUCUUACCACACGCUGACCAUGCUCAACCUCAUGACAUGCGGGCUCAACGCGCGCUGGCGGACGACAGCUGGUUUUGCCAGGUGUGCUUCUCCGAGCGCAUGCUACCGACUCGUGCGCCUGAGGGGUAUGGACCCUUUGGUGUGCUCCUCCAGCACCUUGACACACAAAACCCGCGCAUAUUUGCUCUUCCCGACGACAUUCGCACAUACUACAAGGGCGUCGGAACAGGGCCGGAUGGUGUGUACAUGGACACCAUCGCGCAGCGGCCUGUAAAGCUCAGUCGGCAAGGAUUUGCAGAAGAUCGCGACCCGUACCAGCUGCGAGACAAGCAUGGCGCAGCGGUCUUGUGCUUCCGAUGCGGACAAAGCGCCCUGCCUGACGGUCCUACUGCUGCACAGGGCGGUGCAUCGCAUGGCCGCCGCAUGCUGAGCUGCGACUUUUGCACCCUGCACUGGCACCUCGACUGUGUCGACCCGCCCUUGACUGGCAUGCCGCCAGCUACGCGCCGCUGGCGAUGUCCGGCACACAACACACCAGGUCGUCCACGCAUGCGCAUACCCCGAGCUCCGCAGCACACACGCACUAUUCAGGUCGCCCCCGGAGCACCACUGCCUGCGACAGGCGAUGCCUAUGUACACAUUGUGCCGGAUCCUCAUGACAAGUUCUUUGACCCUGAGACUGGUGCAGGGCGUGCAAAGCCAUACGAGGACGUGACGCUAGAUACGGACCACAUACGCACACGCUACAGGAUUCCCGAAAAAACCAUCCGCCUCGCAUUUUGGACUGCCAUUACACGUCAAUGGCGGCGGCAACAACCGCCCACGCCCUCAGCACCUGCUCCUACAAGCUCGCCCCGUGUCAGUUACCCACCCUUGGAUACACUUGUCGAUGUGGCCGUCAGUCAAAACGAGCCCUUGGAAUUCGUGCCGACACCCACAGGCGAGGUACAUGCGGAGUACGCGACUGCGACGCGAGCCUCUCUCCAGCCAGAUGCAUUGCCGUAUGUGCCCAGUCAGCGGUCCUCCUACGAAGGGAACGAGCGCCCAUCAGGGCAGGUUCCCAGCACGUACCUCUACCCACGGGAAAUCCGCGAGCUGCGUGACCUCAAACGCACCGUCGAAAUGCUGGGUGGAUUCGAGCGCGUGCGUGGCCUGCUGGAAAAGGUGGCGUCGCAUGAAUAG